AUGCAAAGACUACUAUGCCUUAGUGCUUUGGGAAAUCCGGAGCCUAUGUAUGAAAACACUAGACACAAUGCUGGCAUGAUAAUGCUACGAAUGAUUAAAAACGAAUUAUGCAGGAACUUACCUUUGAAACAAUCCACAGUUUCACCACAUAUCGAGUAUUGCCACGACCCUAAACUCAAUCUUGUAAUGCUUUUCAAUAGAACCCAAUAUAUGAAUUUAUCCGGCCAUGCCUUCAUUCCGGCAUGGAGAAAAUUGCCUCACGACACAUUUCAUGUAGUAUUACAUGAUGAGUUAAACAUUCCUACUGGUAAGGUACAGUUCAGAAAACCAGGAACAAGUUUUAGGGGGCAUAACGGACUGCGAGACAUCAUUAAAAUGAAGGGCAAUGAUGAUUUUCAUAAAUUGGGAAUCGGUAUCGAUAGACCAAAUUCAAAGGAUCCGAAAGUAGUUGCUGACUAUGUACUAUCAAAGUUCACACAUCAAGAAAUCUUGCAAUUAGAACUGGAGGCCUUUCCUCGCUCCUUAGAGCACAUAAGGAAGUUACUUCCGUGA